AUGACAAAGCCAUGGGCCAAGAACCGCAAGGAGAUUGUCCGGCUGUACAUCCGCGAGGGCCGGACCCUCCAGGAAGUCAGGGGCAUCAUGAAGAACCUGCAUAACUUUGAUGCAUCUAUACGUUCGUACCGCCAGUGGUUCGACAAGUGGGACGUGACCAAGUACAACUGUAAGAAGCGCCAGCAGCGCCGCCGCAUGCUCCAGCAGUACAUCAAGCAGGAGGAGGCAUGCGACGACGACCGGCGCAGCAGCAGCCCGGCGCUCGACUCCUCCUCCCCCCGCCUCCCCUUCCCCAAGGAACUGUCGGCCGCAACUACUCCCAGCCAGGACCAAUUGACCGGUGAGAACAAAACCCCGGACCAGGUUGCCGAGGCCGAGGCCGCCGCCCUGCCCAAGGUCGAGAUCGGCCAGAACCGCGACGACGUCUCCCCCCAGGGGGAGUUUUCUCCUUGGUACAACAAGCCCAGCUCGCCCCGCCAGUGGACUGCCGCGACCAAGCCAUUCAACCACAGGAAGCGCCAGCCGCGCCGCAAGCUGCCCCAGCAGCAGCAGCAGCACAUCAAGCAGGAGGUUUACACCGGCCUCCAGAGCCCGCCGCUGGACACCCGCCUCCCGUACUCGAGGCCAAUCGACACCCAGAAUACGUUGCCAACCAGACCAGAGUACUUCGAAUACUCUACCCCGAGAUACACCGAGCCGUUCGUCUUCACCCUCUCGGACAAGCCUGCCUGGCAGUACCACGAUGGCCGGGUCAACCCGUCUUGGGUGGACCUGUCUCCGUCGUCGUUGGAGUAUGAUCUCAGUGUCGGAUCUGACACGCCGGGCAUGUAUGAGGGUGGGUCGGCUGCUAUCGAGUUCGCUCAGUCUCGAAGUAGUGCUGCGGCGGAUAGGGACCUCAUCAAAUUGUAA